CAAUCUGACAAAUUAAUAUUUAGCCUACUAUAGUGACCCUUUUGUCUAUUAAACGUGAGGUCACCUUGGUUGGUGUUAGUUCCUUUUGACGCGUGAAAUAAUGUUGUUUCCAAUGGUCUUUGGUUGUAAAUUAAGUGAUUUAAAUCCACCUUUCCUGCUCCAAAAUAAAAGGAAUACAACACUGUUUACCACUAGUGACACCAUCAAAAGAUCCUAACACAUUAUUCCACGCUCUUCCACGGGAGAACAACCGCUGGCCUCCAAAACAUCAACACCUUUGGCAGAUAAUCCUGCUGAUUGGAGCGUUCGGCCUGAUUGAAACAUCUCUACCCCCCAGUGGUGGGAAGUCAACAAUCCGAACCCACUGUACUUUACAUAGAAUUCAUAGUUGUGUGCAGGAGGCAUUUUUCUUGUGUCGUCCUUGAAGCGAGUGCUUCUCGUCACUUUGUUGUAAUAACUCAACUGAAUAGUUUCAAGUGGUUAAAGAACCACGGGUGGUAAACAUUACACUAAUGACGUUUGAAAACGGAUACCUCCCCAAGUUUCUUUUGCGCCCUCCCCUAUUAACCAUGCACGUAUCCGGGACGCAUUUAGUUUAAAUAGCGGUGCAUCUUCUGUUAUGAAAGCAUCUCCAUGUCAGCCAACAACAUCCUCACGUGUUCAUUCACACACAGUCCUGUGUGACAGUCGGAGAGGUCGCGCACAGUCAAAGUUUUAAGUCUUUGGGUAAAGGACAAGGUUGCCACUCCAGACUGAUUCAAGGAAUUUAAAGGGAGAACAGACGACCAUGAAAGGAAAUAAUGGAACCUGCACAGUUUCGUCGGAAAACAAACCUCCACCGACGCCUAAAGAGUCGGAAGGACGGGGUCAUUGGGGCAGUAAAGCCGAGUUCAUCCUGACCGUGAUGGGCGCAAUAAUCGGACCUGGUAAUGUGUGGCGGUUCCCCUACUUAUGCUACAGGAACGGCGGAGGCGUGUUCUUCAUACCAUACACGUUGUUCAUGAUUACGUGCGGAAUACCCUUAUUCUUCCUCGAGACUUCCUUGGGACAAUACACCAGCCAGGGGAGUGUAACGUGCUGGAGAAGAAUUUGUCCGCUUUUCCAAGGCAUGGGCUAUGCCAGUCACUUAAUCAUAGCAUUCAGUGCCACCUCCUAUAUCAUCAUCAUUGCGUGGGCCUUCUUUUACCUGUUCUUGUCCUUCAGCGCGGAGUUACCUUGGGCGUCAUGUGGACACGAGUGGAACACGGACUCAUGUCUGGACAUCAACCAUCCAAAUCAGAGCCUCAGCAUGACAUCCAGACGGAAUACCACUCUUCCUGUUGUGGAGUUCUGGGAGCGCCGGGUUUUGAAAAUCUCUAGCGGCAUUGAGGAUGUCGGUAGCUUGAGAUGGGAGCUGGUCUUGUGCCUCGUCCUGUCUUGGGUCAUCUGCUACUUUUGCAUUUGGAAGGGCAUCAAGUCAACAGGAAAGGCGGCUUUCUUUACAGCCACGUUCCCCUUUGUUAUGCUCUUUGUUUUGCUGAUACGUGGCGUAACACUACCGGGCGCAAUAGAUGGCAUCAUUUACUACCUGUACCCUGAUAUCUCCCGCCUUUCAGAUCCCCAGGUGUGGAUGGAUGCUGGCACUCAGAUCUUCUUCUCCUACGCCAUCGGCCUUGGGUUCCUAACCUCUCUUGGGAGUUACAACACCUACAACAACGACUGUUACAGGGACUGUUUCUACUUGUGUCUACUGAACAGUGCCACCAGCAUUGUGUCGGGCUUCGCCAUUUUCUCUGUUCUGGGUUUCAUGACCAAGGAACAAGGGGUGGAUAUCUCUGAAGUAGCCCAAUCAGGCCCGGGUUUGGCAUUCAUUGUCUACCCACGCGCUGUAGCCAUGAUGCCCAUGCCUCAGGUUUGGUCCGUGUGUUUCUUCCUCAUGAUCAUUCUGCUGGGAUUGGACAGUCAGUUUGUUGGCCUGGAGUGUAUGAUGACGUCAAUUACAGAUUUGUUCCCCACUUACUUGCGCCAAGGCCAUAGACGCGAGCUGGUUCUGCUGGCUAUCUGCAGUGUCUGCUGUUUGCUGGGACUCUCCCUGGUCACCGAGGGAGGAAUGUACCUGCUCCACCUGUUGGACCAUCACGUCUGCAGCGGCACCACCCUGCUCAUCCUCUCCCUUUUCCAGUCAGUCAGCAUUGCCUGGGUGUACGGUGCUGAUCGUUUCUAUGGCAACAUAACAGACAUGAUCGGGUACCGUCCGUACCCUUUUAUGAAGUACUGCUGGCGCUACAUCACUCCCUGCUUCUGUUUUGGCACCUUCAUCUUCUCCAUCGUCAAAUACACCCCGCUGAAGUUCAGUAGCGCCUAUGUUUAUCCACUCUGGGCCAACAUCUUGGGUUGGUUCAUAGCCACCAUCUCGCUCUCCCUCAUCCCUCUGUUUAUGGUUUACAAAAUAAUCCAGGGAAAAGGGACUCUUCGACAGCGUUUCUUGCUGCUGUGCCAGCCGGUGGACCUCGCCUUGGAUCAAAAAGGUUUCUCCACAAAGGGCCUCGCUGCCAUUACAGAGCUUAAACCUUUAUCCUAUAAUGUGGAACUCACUCAGGGAGCACAGUUGUUAGAUUUCCAUCAUGAGUAAUGCAACAUUAUGAAGUCAUUCCAAAACAUGUCUUCUGCCCUGCUUUCUGUACUCUGGCCAGCAAAGACCCCGACGGGAUGUUCUAAACCAACUUAGACUAAACUACUUGGACCAAUAGUUUUAGUUUUUUAGUUUAAGAAUACAGGUGCAGUUGAUUCAUUUUCAUUACUGUUUUGAACUUUAAUCCAAAAUGUUUCUCAGAGCAGCCUGAUGGAUACAGGCACCUGCCUUAACCUCACAACUAAGUGUGGGUCUACCUGUAAUGUUUUCAGACCAUCUUUUUCAAUAUAAUUGGGCAGGAGUAUUUCCAAUCCAAUUUAGUAGAGAUGGAUUUUGUUUUCAAAGAACAGGACUUGUGCCAAUGCACAUGCCUGGAUCACAAAGGUCAGUUUGUUGAUCAUCAUCUGCCGUGUUGCAUUUUAAUGUGUUUUGUAUGAUUUCCUUCCUUUUUUGUUAAUUUGAGUAGUCUUAUUGUACAUCCACUGUAUAUGUUUGUCUUAUCUUUAGUGGAUAUGGAGAUGCUGCAGUAUAUUUGUAUCUAAAUAUUGAGUGGAAAAUAUCCGCCCUAUAACGUGUUACACACACACAAACGUCUUCAUAUAAACUCUUUAAACUGUGAUAAGUGCCUUGCAACUACACAUUAAGGUUAUUUUACCUUGAUACACAAUACUUUAAUUGUAGGUUUGUACACCUGAUGGACUGUGGGUUAACCUGCUACUAUUGUCAUUACCUUUUUAAGUGGUAUUGUAUAAUAUGUUUGUUUUGCCCUCGUUAUGCAAACAAUGGAUAAACAAAUACAAAAAGGAUGGCUGAUUGUGAAAGUUAAUGUCAUUCGGUUUUUUUACGUCAUAUAAAAGGUAGAACCUUG